AUAUCAUUCUGGGUGCGCGGGAUGUGAAACCAUGGCUCCAGGGCUCACUUGGAUUGUUGUUGCUUUCUGCUACCUCACAGACUCUACAGGGUUUAUUAACGCCGAGCUACACACGGAGACGGCGGGGAAUGAACAGCCGAAAGGCAGACCCGUGUUACAGGGAACCGCCAAACCCCAGCGAUUAAUCCACAGCGUCCACUCAACAACCGAGAUCAAACACGAUCGGCUCGACACGAAAAUCCGAAAUAGCAACAUCGCUGCUCACUUCAUUCAUCUGGCACAUGCAAGUUUCCAGGUAGAUGUGUUCGGUUCAUCCUUCAUUUUGGAUCUUGAUCUAAACCAUGAUUUGCUGUCAGCGCAUUACAUUGAACGACAUUUCAAUGAGGCAGGAAACACCACACAGACAUUGGGUGUCGAACAUUGUUACUACCAUGGGGAAAUCAGAGGACUCUCCAACUCAUUUGUGGCCAUGUCAACAUGCCACGGACUGAAUGGUGUAUUUUAUGAUGGGAACUACACUUAUGUUAUUGAACUAACAGACAACAAGACUGAUCAGCAUGAUCGGCAAUCUCAUAUUGUGUACAGAUCUCCUGGUCUUGAUAUCCCAGUGGGAUGUGCUUCAUCUGGGUGCUUUACUGAUGAUAAUACAUGGCAGGAAUUUCCUGACAAGGUCUUAAAGAGACGAACCAAAAGGCAGAUUCGUCGAGGACAACGUUCUGUUCUGAGGGAGACCAAGUAUAUCGAGCUGAUGGUUGUCAAUGACCACACACUGUUUUCCAAGAAGCGUUACUCUGUCUCCCUGACAAGUAACUUUGCCAAAUCGGUUGUGAACUUUGCCGAUGCUAUUUAUAAGGAACAACUGAAUACAAGGAUCGUGCUGGUUGCUAUGGAAACAUGGGCAACUGGAGACAAAAUGGACAUUAAUGAAGAUCCAAUGGUUACACUGAGAGAUUUCAUGGAAUACCGAAGGGACCAUGUCGGCGAUCACAGUGAUGCCUUUCAUAUGUUUUCAGGCCGCAUAUUUCAAUCCAGCCACAGUGCAACGGCCUACGUUGGAGGAAUCUGCUCUCUAUCUAAAGGAGGAGGCAUUAAUGAGAACGGAAAUAUUGCUGCAAUGGGUGUCGCUCUGGCACAAAGCUUGGGCCAGAACCUUGGAAUGAUGUGGAGUACCCAGCAGGCAGGACCCAAUAAUUGCCGGUGUCCUGAUGUCUGGCGUGGUUGUAUAAUGGAGGAUACAGGGCACUAUCUCCCAAGAAAAUUUUCAAGAUGCAGCAUCAGCGAUUAUAAUCAGUUGCUACAAGCUGGAGGUGGCACCUGUCUUUUUAACAAACCUCUCAAGCUAGUUGAUCCUCAAGAAUGUGGGAAUGGAUACGUGGAAAAUGGAGAAGAGUGUGAUUGUGGAUCGGCAGCAGAAUGCAGCAGAGCUGGUGGGAAUUGCUGCAAGAAGUGUACUCUUACCCACUACGCAAUGUGUAGCAAUGGCCUCUGCUGCAGAGGUUGUCAGUAUGAACCACGAGGUGAGAUUUGCAGGCAGUCUGUGAAUGAGUGCGAUAUUGCAGAGACCUGCUCUGGGGACUCCAGCCAGUGCCCCUGGAAUGUUCAUAAGCUGGAUGGCUACUCUUGCGACAAUGAUCAGGGCCAUUGUUUAGGCAACAAAUGCCAGACCAGGGACAGGCAGUGCAAUUACAUCUGGGGUCAUGAUUCUGCAGAUCGGUUAUGUUAUGAAAAACUGAAUGUCGAGGGAACUGAGAAGGGAAACUGCGGCAAAGAUGGUCAAAACUGGCUUCAGUGCAGCAAGCAGGAUGUUCUUUGUGGUUAUCUUUUCUGUUCCAAUAUCACUCAGCCUCCAAGACAUGGAACUCUCAUAGGAGACAUUACUAGCAUGGUGUUUUACCAUCAAAGCAAGUACCUGGAUUGCAGGGGCGGUCACGUUGAAUUGGAUGAUGGCACCAGACUUGGUUAUGUGGAAGAUGGCACUGCCUGUGGACCCGACAUGAUGUGUCUUGACCACAAAUGCCUACCAGUACAAGCCUUCAACCUCAGCUCUUGCCCACAGAGUGCAAAUGGAGAAAUCUGUUUCAACCACGGGGUGUGCAGUAAUGAGGCACAAUGUAUAUGUGUCCGUGACUGGACAGGGAAAGACUGCAGCGUCUUUGACCCAUUUCCAGAUCCAACUCCAGCAGAGGUUAAAGAAGGACAAUACAAGGGUCCUAGUGGUACCAAUAUCAUUAUAGGGUCCAUCGCAGGCGGCAUCCUAGUGGCUGCCAUUGUCCUAGGGGGUACAGGAUGGGGAUUUAAGAACAUCCGGAGAGGAAGAUCUGGAGGAGCAUAAACUAUCUUCCGUCUGUAGAAUAUACACUCUCUGCUCCAGUAAAACCAUUGUCCACCAAUGCUCAAUGUGAUGAACUUUAACUUUCUGAUGUUGCUGUUGAACAUAGCCAGGUAAUACUGGGAGAAUCCAACAUUCCAGAAACUGAAGGAAGUUGAACUGUAAUUUCAAAGAAAAGCUGAAGAGAAACUUCUGAAACAUAGUGAAAUCUAGCGUCAACUUUUUAAUGAACGGUUACAUUUUUAUCCUGUUUACAACUUGGGAUUCAAAUGGCAAAAGGUCAAGUGUGGGGCGAGAUUGAUUGCCAUUUUGAAAAUGUACAAUCCAAUGGCAAAAUAAGCCAGUUUUGUGUUUAAUAACCAUUCUGGAUCUUGUAGCAGUAUUCUUGUGGCCAUAGUUGGUGACAUGAAUACAAUUAUGUUUAAAAUAAGGCUGAGUGCAGAUCACUCUGAACACUAAGAUGGUAUAGUCACGAACAACGAUAUGUUGUCACAGUGCAAAUGUCUAAACUGUGAAUAUUUAACCCACAGAUAUCCAAACCUUAAUUCUCUAUUAUGCUUACAUUCCCUACUUCCUGGUUUGUCCUUCUCCCAAUGUUGUUAGUUUGAAGAAUUCAAAGCGGCUUUAUUAGCAUGAGUAGUGAAUAAAUCCAUAACUACGUAUGAGAUAUCUACUGGGAAAAUAACUUAAAUGGACUUAGCAAGAUACCAGCCAAGAUGACUUAUCUAAGCAUAUUUAGGCACCGAUUUAAAACACAUGAGGAAAGGAGUAUGGUGUGGACUGUACUAAAUUCUGUUUUCUCAAUUCUCAGUUAAGCAAAACCUAAAAGAGAAUUAAAAAGUAAAAUGCAAGUAGUUUUUUAACUUUCACAUGUUAAUAAAGUUAACAGCAAGUUUGAAGCCCGCGUCAGUUGGUGUUAGGGUUCCAGAGUUACCUUACUGUGAGCCGAAAGGUUUCAGAUGUUAUAUCGCGUUCCAAUAUAUUACCAGGCCUGACAGGGACCCAACAGGUCCCACUUGGUCUUAUACAUUCAAUAUCUGAGGAGUGUCAUGUUUGAAUGGCCUUUACUGUAGUUUGAAACCAGGACAAUCCCCAUCCACUCUGUUUCCAAAAUGUUUGGUUGGCCAAAGGAAUCUGUUCAGAAAAAUCAUGAAAAGAACCAUGCAGAAUGCAUUCAAUGCAGGAAUUAAAUAUUUUUCUAGAUCCAUUUAGUGUAAGCUAAGGACGUUCUACAUUUGUAACUGCUAUCCUUCACAUGAUUGAAACAGCAUUGACAUUAUGUUGUUCCGAUUGGUUUUCGGGAAGUAAAAUUUAAAACUUUGGGCUUAAAGUAUGGAAUUUAAAGAACAUGAGAAUAUACCAAAGGGCAUAGGAUAUUAUUUGCCAAGCUUGUUUCCAAAAGUAGAUGAUCAUUGAGUCAUAGAGUGAAACAGUGUGGAAACAGGACCUUCGACCUAACUUGCCCACACCAGC